AACCCAGUCAUGCCCUACUUCACCUCCAGCGCCGAGUGGUACGAGCAGUCCGCUCUGCUGCUCAAGGCCCGGCCCACGACCGCCCGCAUCGUGACCAAGUACUCGAUCAUCAAGCGCAAGGAAUCCAAGGACCGCGUGCGCAAAUCCGCCACCAGCGAUCCGGCCGGCGACGCCUCGGCCACGGCGCCCCAUGCCGACAAGGCCCCCGCCCCCGCGACGCCGCGCGCCGCCCUCACCCUCAAGACGUACGACCCGGCGUCGGGCGUGUGCCUAAAGUACCAGACCAGCAAGGCCCAGGAGGUGGGCCGCCUGGUCGCGAGCCUGGAGAAGCUGGCGAGGUCCAUGGCCGCCUUGCCAGACGUCGCCGAGGACAUCGCCAUGCCCGACGCGCCCCCGACCGACCAAAACACCGGCACCAACACGCCGAACCCCGACGCCGCUAAGCCCGCGCCUACCGCUGGCGGUGGUGGCGGCGGCGGCGGCAAGAAGAAGAAAAAGGGCAAGAAAUGAGGCGAGACGCGCAUGGCUUGGCGAUUUGAGGAGCAAUACCAGGGACGGGAAAAUAGGCUUGGGUGCUCAUUGCCAGUGAGCUCCGCGGAUUCGACAAGCGCUCGUAUGGUGCGCCUGUGUUUGGCUGCUGUGACGCGCGGGGUCCCGGGCUUGGGUGGCGUGAUGGCGUUGUAGAAUGGGGUGGGCCAUGAGGCAGCUUGCUUUAUGGGGACGAGCGAGGCGUCGCUAUAUGCCGGUAGAAGAGAGGGGGUGCUGUCUUUGGAUGGAGACAGGACUGCGAAUAGCAGUCAUUUUUUGUUGCGUGUUCAUAUGGCUUGCUUCCGCCUGUUGUGCUGUGGGACUGCUUCGUUUCGGGUGUGGCUGACGAAUCUCUUGUGGUGACGGGGAUCUGUCAUACAUGUCUCAGAAAUAUGCUUCACGUAAGGGCAGACGCCUUUUUAUCUAUACAGAAUUCGAUAUUUUCCAGAC